GCCUCCACGCCCAUCCAGUGCCCCCACGCCCACACAGUGCCCCCACGCCUCCACGCCUCCACGCCCAUCCAGUGCCCCCACGCCUCCACGCCCAUCCAGUGCGUAUUACAAGAGUGUUAGGAGUGUUGUCCGUGGCCAGGUCCAGGCACGAUGCUUCCACGUCUCCCCGCUGAUCUCUACGGCCCAGAAGGUGGCCAUGUCCCACCUGGACCCUGGCUCGGAGAUGCCCUACCCCAAGCUGCAGGCCAACUUAGAUAUCGUCCAACAAAGGCUGAACCGCCCUCUCACCCUCUCGGAAAAAGUGCUGUACUCUCAUCUGUCCGAUCCUUCAACCAAGAAAUCGUCCGAGGUGAGUCCCACUACCUCAAGCUCCACCCAGACCGCGUUGCAAUGCAGGACGCCACAGCACAGAUGGCCGUGCUUCAGUUCAUUAGCUCUGGACUGCCCAGGGUCACCGUACCAUCAACCAUCCACUGUGACCAUCUUAUUCAAGUACAGAUCGAUGGCCCUCAGGAUCUCCAGCGAGCCAUUGAAAUCAGCAAAGAGGUCUACAAUUUCCCGGCUACUGCUGGGGCCAAGUAUGGAGUUGGAUUCUGGAAGCCUGGCUCUGGGAUUAUUCAUCAGAUCAUUUUGGAGAACUACGCUUUCCCCGGGCACUGAUUCUCACACGCCCAACGUAGGUGGUCUUGGAGGCCUGUGCAUUGGUGUGGGUGGUGCCGAUGCUGUUGAUGUUAUGGCCGACAUUUCCUGGGAGCUGAAGUGCCCUAAGAUUCGGAGGAAGAAGAAGAGGAGGAAGAGAUAACAAGAGGAACAGAAGAAGGAGAAGAAGAAGUAAUCUCUCUCUCUCUCUCUCUCUCUCUCUCUCUCUCUCUCUCUCUCUCUCUCUCUCUCUCUCUCUCUCUCUCUCUCUCUCUCUCUCUCACACACACACACACACACACACACACACACACACACACAGUAAAACACAAUUUCUUCAUAAUUUCAAAAACUUUAUUAAUAUAUAUUU